UACGAUUUCGCCUUAUUGUGUGUAAUUUGGCGAAACUGGCUCGGCACCCUGUGAGGAGUCUCCCUCCCUCCUUGUCUGCCUCUGGGUCUCUGUCUGUUUGCAAGCCUGCGCAUCUCACCCAGGUGAGACAUUUGUGGAGUGCCUCAAUGGAACCGCGACCCCCCACCGAGAAGAUGACAGAGCCCACACCGCCAGACUCCACCACUGUCCCGGACCCGGCUGUAGUUGUGGACCCCACGGUGGUCAACGGACGGUGCGAGCAGGCGGACUCUCUACAGCAGCAGCCCAACACAGAAAAUCACGCAGAGGGCUUUAAGAUGGACCAAGAGAUGAAGAUAACUGACAGCAUAGAGGACAGAGGUCUUCUGGAGAGCAGUAUGCGUCUGAAGCCUCACGAAGCACAGAGUUACCGCAAGAAGGCUCUGUGGGUGUCCUGGGCAUCCAUCGUGGUCACCAUCAUCCUGGCCAUUGCUGCGUUCAUGGUUUCUAUCAUGCGCCACAGUGCUUCAGCUUUUGGAUUUGCUUUUGAUGCUACGCUGGAUGUGUUGUCAUCUGUGAUUGUAUUGUGGCGAUACAGCAACGCCGCAGCUGUCCACUCAGCGCACCGCGAGUACAUAGCUUGUGUUAUCCUGGGUGUGGUUUUCAUCCUGUCCUCCUUAUGCAUUAUGGGUAAAGCCAUCCACGAUCUGGCCACCAAACUGCUACCAGAAGUGGACAACUUCCUGUUCAGCGUGUCCAUUGUCAGCGGUUUGAUGUGCAUCAUAUUGGCUGUAAUCAAGUUCAUGCUCGGCAAAGUACUGACAAGCCGAGCUCUCCUCACUGAUGGAUUCAACUCACUGCUGGGGGGGAUCAUGGGCUUCUCCAUCCUCAUCAGUGCUGAAGUCUACAAGCACGAGCCCAAGGUGUGGUACCUGGAUGGAACAAUAGGUGUCCUGAUAGGUCUGAUCAUCCUCGCCUAUGGAGUUAGACUGCUCCUGGACAUGGUCCCCCGCGUCCGACAAACCAGGAACUACGAGCGCUUUGAGUAACGGAUCACAGAGGGCGUGUUUGGGAGCGACUGACAGGAUGGGGACUAUAGAGGCACUCCACAGACAAUCACGAUCAGUCCUCGCGGUGCCAGUGAAGGCGUCGGUGUCUGUGCAGUCCUCCCAUUCAUCAUCCCAUUCAAUGGAAGAUGGUGUCAGUGGCAUAUUUUUAAUGUUUUACAGUUUAAUGUACAUAUGACAUGUUCACCUGUUUUUCAGAAGUCAAAGGCGCAGUCUGCUUUUUCAUGCCUCCAUAUUUAAAGAAGGUAACAGAGAUAAGACUGUGGGGGAGAGGGUUAAUGUAAUUUUUCAAAGGUUGUACACAGCUCAGACUGCAGUGUUAUGGAUGCAGAGAUGUUCAGAUGUGCAAUACCUCAGUUACAUGUCAUCACCCCGUCACGACAGAGCAGCUUGUUUUUCCCAUGGUUCCACGAGGCCUUUGCUCAGCUGUGCUAUAAAGCGUUGCAGCACAGCAGGUCAAACUGAUUGAUGUAGCUGAUGUAGCGGUGGAGUAUUAAUGGUGUUUACCUUUUUAUGACUAGAGAGAGGAUAAAUAUCAAUAAAAAGCCCAUUUGGCACAAGAAGCAGGUACAUAAGCACACACACGACAGGCUCAGUGACGUGUGAUUAGCCGUUUAUAAUAUUUAUCCAGACUGCUGCAGCAACAUCCUUCCAGUGCAAGCUUACAAUCCUGGAGCAAAAAAAUAAUCUUUUUUGACAUUGAGUCGCACAACAGAGUCGGGACCUGACUGUUCCACUGUAACUCUAACAGAAGGAAAACAAAACGGCUGCGCUGCCUCCCAGGAAAAGCAUUUAUACAAUUAACUUGCGCCAUCUACUGACCAAAAGAGGAGACUACAAAAUGUAGGUCAUUACAUGUGAACGGGUUAUCUAAUAUGCAGUUGUGCUCAGAAGUUUACAUACACUCAUCAUGGGUCUGUCAUGGUAAUUUGGCAUUUUAAACCAGGCUGGAAUGAUUGUUCAGGAUACAUGUGUAAUAAUUAAAUAACAAAAACAAGAACUGGCUGCGGAGGUUUCAGUAUAUUUCAGAUUUUCUUUAGUCCACGCGGGGUCAAAAGUCUACCGAGGAUCAAAUAUAAACACCCCCACUAAUGUCCCUUAGCAAGUUGCACCUCGAGCAGCAGAAUUUGAAUUUAUACCAUUACUUUAUCCACUUUGUGCAGCGCACGUGUAUCCCAGUAAAACAGCAUGAGAGCAUGAUGCUACCACCGCCAUGGUUGACAGUGGGUAGUGUUCUUCGGUUUGAAAGCCAAACAGCUCAAUCUGUGUCUCGUCUGACCAUAAAAUAUUUGGCUCGUCCAUGUUGGCAGUCACACAUUUCAGUUGUGCUUGAAGGUGUCAUUUUUUUAGCAGGAGGUUCUUUCUUGGUUCAGUGAUCCUUAACAUCUCAACCAAUUUCCUCUUUCCCGAGGGUGAGAGUUGGGGUUUCCUUCCAGGCUGUGGAAAAGUGGUGACACGUCUGAAUAACUUGUACUUGCGUACGAUCCUUUGAACCGAUGAUCUUGGCAUCUGGAGUUGUUUAGAAAUGCCUCCGAGAGACCAUCCCAACCUGUGUAAAUCUACAUAAAAUGUAUGUAAACUUCUGACCACCAACUGUAGCUGAGUGUUUGAACCUGACCCCGAGACAAAAUUCGGCACAUGAGACGCAUGUAAAGGUCAAAGAAAAUGACCUUCACACUAAAUGAACAGAAAAACAGAUUUAUGGCUGAAGCUAAAGGCCCCACGUACACACGUAUCAGUAAGCUCAGCUUGUUCUUUACCCUGAUGCAGUUUUAGGAGCUGAAACCUAUGAAAGAGUUCCAGACAGAAGCUGUUCACAAACUGUGCGCUGUUUUUAUGUGUGGGCAGCAAGAGCUGAGUUCUUACCUCUGCCAGGGAAGUAAUCUGUUUCAGUCUGUCUGUUAACAGGGCUAGUCAAAAAGCUGCAGAGAGAUUUGCAGGAACAUGUAAUCAGAGGGUAAUUGUAGCGCAGGGUGCAGGUUUUUAACUUUCAGAGGUAAUUGGAUGGAUUCUUCAGAUACCUCGCAAAGUCGAGCAUUAUAAGAUCAGAAAACCUAAGAGAACAUGAACCAAACUUGUCUGGAUUUUUCCUCCUGGGUUCAGUUCAUGCAUGCUCUCUGCUCUUAUGUUUGUAACAUUGUCGUCGAGUUCUGUUGGUUUGGGCCACAGUUGUGUUUUUGCACGUUAAUGUGGGCAGGUAUGUAAAAACACACACAAACAGACAUCAGUGUACAUGUGGACAAUAAAUCUCAGUAUUUGUCAAACGUGCGUGUUACAAACAGACUAGACCUUUAGAGAUGUGUGAGGUUACUGCUGCUGGAGGAGCAAAUCUUAGAAACUGAAGUUCUUUAAAAGAAUCGGAGGUUGAGCUGGUUCAGGUUUGAGUUUAUCCAGGUAACUCCAGGGUUAACCUGACUUUUUACAAUUACAAAGGUGGUUUACUUCUUACUGGGAUAACUUGUGCUGCAGACCUAACGUGCUCUGGAGCUGCGAGUAUGAAAUCACUACCCCGUGACAAUCGGCUGGAAAAUAGCGUCACCAUUCCUGCAGCACCCCUGGGACUGCAGUGCAUGGACAGUAAUGGAAAAGUCUUAAGAGCAUCUAAAGUCUUUGUGUUUUCCUGAACAGCAUCAGUAAUAAAUGUAGAUUUGUAGACAGAACUUAAGUUGUUGAUUUUUCAGUUUUAUUAAUCUCUAAGGAUUUAUAUACGAUUCUAAAAUCAUCACAUACACCAAGUCUACAUUUGUAUUCUGUUUAUUAUAUUUAUCCUUAAACAUAACCAGAGUGUGGCUGAAAGAAUAAACUUACAAAAUGAAUUUAUUGAAGUAACAAUUAUAAUCUGUCCGAUUCUCCUGUAUGUGCUUCCUUUGGAGACUUCUUUAGUGUUAACGUAGUUGGUGCAACCACCACCUCUGACACAAAAACAGCUGGAUUAUUAGUCUAUUAAUCGAUUGGGUUUUGUUUCAUGUACGCUGGAAAAUCAACAGCUUCCGUUCCCUGUUUGUUUGCAUUCACCCUAAAUGGAUCUAAUGGGUUGCUGCUCUCUGUGAGUUUGAGGUGCAAAAACGCUGAACAGCAGCUGGUGGGUUCACGUGUAUCCUGUGUUUAAGAGGAGGACUCCAGCACCAGUGUGGAAAUGAGGAGCAGGACUGGGAAUAGUUACUGGGGCCUCUUUAGCAGCUCUCCUUGUUACCACCUUUACACACGAGUUUGUUACCUGCUGGCUGGUGAAAUGAAAACAGUGUCUGUACUGAACUCAGAGCUCACAGUCCUACAAACAUACACUGUAGAGGCUGCCAUACUGUUUUGGAUCAAUGGCGGAACCCUAACUGGGAAAUAUUUUAAUGAAAUUCAAUGCAGCGAUGGUUUUGGACAUUAAAUGAGUCGCUGUUUUAUCAGGAGUCAACAUGUUUCCUCUCAUAUGUGAAGCUGCUGUUUGUUUUUGGGCCAUUUAGAAGGGUCGUAGCGACCCUUACAGCUGACCCUUACAGCUGACUCGUGUUAAUCACUAGCUCGUUCAUUCCUGCCUGAUAACCUUUUGUCAAUCAGCUGUGAUGGCGGCACAUCCUCUCCUCAUCUUUUUGGUUUUAAUUUAAAGCAGCUUCCACUUUCUGGCUGUCCUCCUCCUCAUCUUCGUAUUAAACGACUUUGUACAACAGAGCUCCUCUCCAUCCCAAAGCCUUAAUUUUGCUCAUAGGUGUUUGUGCGACUUGAUCAGGGUUUAUUUUUGUUAGUUUUCAUAUUUUACACAUUUUCCUCAGUCUGUGCUUUGCUGCUGUGACCGUAACUGAAUGUACACGCUGUGCUGUGAUACUAGUUUUUAUGAAAAAUCUGUGACUGUGCUGUUUGGUUGGAUUUAUUUAAAUACAAAUAAGGGAUCAAUUCUGUUCCUGAGCUUGUGGAGAUACAUGUGCCUAAAAUCGGUGUGAGAAACAAAACAUGCAGAUUACAGAAAAUUAUUUAGGAAGCCCAUAAUAUUAAGAAAAGAUCACAACAAAAAUACAAACAGCUUGUAAUCACUAAUUUGCUGUCUUCGACAUGUCGUAAACACCGAGAGACACAUUUAACUCCACAUCAGCUCGGUUUAUACAGAGUUUAAGGCACUCCUCAGCCUGCUGACUGUACACUUCUUUGCUUGUGUAAAUAAUCUGUAUAGCUGUAAUGUAAAACCAGAGUCUGAGCCAUUUGUCACAGAAAAAAGGUUUAUUUAAAAAUAAAGUUGUAUCCCUCUUACUCGUCAAGAACAGUGAAAACAAAACCAUUGCAUUACCCACUUUUCACUGCUGUUCUGGGGUUUCUAACUUUUAACCGAGAGCAAAACAAAUCUUCAUCCAUGUUGGUGUGUGUGUAGCAGAGUUCAUACAAUGGAGACAUUCAAUGCUGAGGUCAAAACAGAUGAGAUGUGCUGAUUUAUUCUGUCCAAACUUUGCUGAUGGCUUGGCGCUCUGAGCAGAUUCCUCCAGAAACCAAACAGCCUAUGAUCUGAUCAAAGAUGUGCUCUGAACAAGCCCAGCUAACAGAAAAGAAAUAAGGCUCUGGCUGCAGCAGAAGGGAUUUAGCUGAUCACUUAAGCAGGCCUCAGAGUCAUAGUUAUUAAGAAGCGACUGUGAAGGGUUCAAAAUAUUUGCCUAUUUGCUGAAAAAGGAAUCAUGCUGGGUAUCACUGUUGGUGUAGCAUGAACUCAAGCAUUCCCACAUUGGAUAUGUACAAGCUUUAAACGCUGGUGAUAUUCUACCUUUAAAAAAAUAAAUAAAAAAUCAUGACCAAGUUCCAUAAAAAGACCAAAACCAUCAAUGAACA